CUGCCACCCGGCGUGGUGUGCGUCGCGGACGCGCAGGUGUCGGGGAAAGGCAGAGGGGGCAACGCGUGGACGAGCCCGCCGGGGUGCCUCAUGUUCUCGCUGCUGACGCGUCACCGGGAGGGCCGGACGCUGCCGUUCAUCCAGUACGUGGCGACGAUGGCGGCGGUGGACGCCAUACAGGAGAGCGCGGACGACGCGCUCGUAGCCGCGGGGGCCAAGGGCCACCGGCGGGGAACCGGGUCCGCCGUGGAUGCCAAGAUUAAGUGGCCAAACGACCUGUACAGCGGCGGUCUCAAGAUCGGCGGCGUGCUGUGCACGUCCACGUACAGCGACGGAGGGUUCGACGUCGUCGUCGGGGUGGGGAUAAACCUCGACAACGCGGAGCCCACGACGUGCGUCAACGACAUCGUGCGAAGACGUCUCAAGAGGGACGGGUUACCCGUCGACGGUGCGGUCCAAACGAGGGUGAGCAGGGAACGUUUGCUGGCGGGUUUCAUGAACAGGUUCGAGGCGAUGUGCGCCGCGCUGGACGCGCACGACUCGUUCGAGACGUUGGAGGGAGCGUACCUGCGGCAGUGGCUGCACACGGACCAGGAGGUGACCCUGGAGGAGGACGGCGGGCGCGGGAAGGUCAAGCUGGUGGUCAAGGGGAUAACGGGGACGGGGUACCUGCUGGCGACGGACUCGCGCGGAGCUCGAUACGAGUUGCACCCGGAUGGGAACAGCCUGGACUUCUUCAAGGGCCUGGUGCGCAAGAAGCUG